CUCUCAGUCCUUCUUUAUUCUCUCUCUCUCUCUCUCUCUCUCUCUCUCUCGAGUCUCUUGCUUAUUCUAUCCUCUCUCUCUCUCGGUAGAUCGAUCUCUGGGAUUUGAAGAACCUUUGUUCGAUUUAGAAUUUUGAGAUCGUGCUUCCCUCUUUUUUAAUGUUGAGUCGGUUCGUUUCUCGGAUCUCGAUGAUCCUCGAUUUUCUCAAUCAAACUUGAAAACACUUUCCAAUUUUUUCCCCUCUCCUAGCUUAAUUUCUUAUCGCCGCCAUGUUCGAAGCUCAUGUACUGCAUCUGCUUCGGAGGUAUUUGGGUGAAUAUGUGCAUGGACUCUCGACAGAGGCUCUGAGAAUUAGUGUCUGGAAAGGUGAUGUUGUUCUUAAAGAUUUGAAAUUAAAGGCAGAGGCUCUGAAUUCACUGAAACUUCCGGUUGCUGUCAAAUCCGGUUUUGUUGGAACCAUCACUUUGAAGGUCCCUUGGAAAAGUUUGGGAAAAGAGCCAGUCAUUGUUCUGAUCGACCGUGUCUUCGUCCUUGCUUAUCCUGCCCCUGAUGACCGAACACUUAAGGAGGAAGACAGGGAAAAGCUUCUAGAAACCAAGCUUCAGCAGAUUGAGGAAGCAGAAACAGCAACUCUUGACGCAAGGGCAAAAUCGAAGCUGGGAAGUCCUCCACCAGGAAAUUCAUGGCUAGGUUCGAUUAUUGCUACUAUUAUUGGUAAUCUGAAAGUUUCCAUCAGCAAUGUACAUAUUAGAUACGAGGAUUCUACCAGUAAUCCAGGGCACCCCUUUGCUGCGGGCAUCACCUUGGCCAAGCUCGCAGCUGUUACAAUGGAUGAAGAAGGAAAUGAGACCUUUGACACAAGUGGCGCUUUGGAUAAACUGCGUAAGUCAUUGCAGCUUGAAAGACUUGCUCUGUAUCAUGAUUCUAAUAGCUUUCCCUGGGAAAUAGAGAAGCCAUGGGAUGAUAUUACUCCUGCAGAAUGGGUUGAGAUGUUUGAAGAUGGCAUAAAGGCGCAGACCGAGCAAAAAAUAAAGUCGAAAUGGGCCUUAAAUCGUCACUAUUUAUUGUCCCCUAUCAAUGGAUCUCUUAAAUAUCAUCGGUUAGGCAACCAGGAGAGAAAUAAUUCGGAGAUUCCAUUUGAAAGGGCAUCGGUUAUCCUUAAUGAUGUUAACGUGACUAUCACAGAGGAGCAAUAUCAUGAUUGGAUAAAGCUGGUUGAAGUUGUUUCCAGAUACAAAACAUAUAUAGAGAUUUCACAUUUAAGGCCCAUGGUUCCUGUUUCAGAGGCUCCACGUUUGUGGUGGCGGUUUGCUGCUCAAGCUAGUUUGCAACAAAAGAGAUUAUGUUAUCGAUUUUCUUGGGAUAGUAUCCACCAUCUUUGCCAGUUACGUCGGCGCUAUAUUCAGCUGUAUGCCAAUUUUCUGCAGCAGUCAUCAAAUGCUAAUUACCCAGAGAUGAGAGAAAUCGAAAAGGACCUUGAUUCCAAAGUGAUUCUUUUAUGGAGGUUGCUUGCACAUGCAAAGGUAGAAUCUGUAAAGUCAAAAGAAGCAGCUGAGCAGAGAAAACUGAAAAAGGGUGGCUGGUUCUCAUUCAAAUGGCGGACAGAAGCUGAAGAUGAUCCUGACGUCGAUAGUGUGGCUGAUGGAUCAAAAUUGACGGAGGAAGGAUUGACUAAAGAAGAGUGGAAGUCCAUAAAUAAGUUACUGAGUCAUCAGCCAGAUGAAGAGAUGAGUUUGUAUUCAGGAAAAGACAUGCAGAAUAUGACUCACUUUCUUGUAACGGUAUCAAUUGGUCAAGGUGCGGCUAGGAUUGUUGAUAUAAAUCAGACUGAGGUGCUGUGUGGUAGGUUUGAGCAGCUCGAUGUGACGACCAAGUUCAGAUAUCGAAGUACUCAGUGUGAUGUAUCACUGAGGUUCUAUGGCUUAUCUGCACCAGAAGGUUCCCUAGCGCAGAGUGUAUCCAGUGAGAGAAAGACAAAUGCCUUGAUGGCUAGUUUUGUGAACGCACCUAUUGGAGAGAACAUUGAUUGGAGGCUAUCAGCCACAAUAUCCCCUUGUCAUGCUACGAUCUGGACUGAAAGUUAUGAUCGUGUAUUGGAGUUUGUGAAGCGAAGUAAUGCAGUUAGCCCUACUGUUGCACUGGAAACUGCUGCUGUACUUCAGAUGAAACUAGAGGAAGUGACUCGACGGGCUCAAGAGCAACUUCAAAUAGUAUUGGAGGAGCAAAGCAGAUUUGCUCUCGACAUUGAUCUUGAUGCUCCAAAGGUGAGAAUUCCUUUGAGAGCUUCAGGAUCGUCCAAGUGCAGUAGCCAUUUCCUAUUGGAUUUUGGUAAUUUCACGUUAACCACCAUGGAUACUCGGUCUGAGGAGCAAAGGCAAAACUUAUAUUCCCGGUUCUGCAUUUCGGGAAGAGAUAUUGCUGCUUUCUUUACAGACUGUGGAUCUGACAACCAAGGAUGCAGUUUACUCAUGGAAGAUUUCACUAAUCAGCCAAUUCUGUCUCCCAUUCUAGAGAAAGCGGACAAUGUUUAUUCCCUUAUUGAUAGGUGUGGAAUGGCAGUUAUUGUUGAUCAGAUCAAAGUACCUCACCCAAGUUACCCAUCCACUAGAAUUUCCAUCCAAGUGCCAAAUAUUGGUGUUCAUUUCUCGCCAACAAGAUAUAUGAGGAUCAUGCAAUUGUUCGACAUCUUGUAUGGUGCUAUGAAAACCUACAGUCAAGCUCCUGUUGAUCAUAUCCCAGAUGGACUCCAACCUUGGAGUCCUGCAGAUCUUGCUAGUGAUGCUAGAAUCUUAGUUUGGAAGGGAAUUGGCAACUCUAUUGCUACUUGGCAAUCUUGUCGCCUUGUUCUAUCUGGUUUAUAUCUGUAUACAUUGGAAUCGGAGAAGUCACUUGAUUAUCAACGUUAUUUAUGCAUGGCUGGUAGGCAAGUGUUCGAGGUUCCACCUGCAAAUGUUGGUGGUUCCCCAUACUGUCUUGCUGUCGGUAUAAGGGGAACAGAUCUUAAAAAGGCCCUGGAAUCUUCUAGCACUUGGAUCAUAGAAUUUCAGGGGGAGGAGAAGGCAGCUUGGCUGAGAGGACUGGUCCAAGCCACCUAUCAAGCUUCUGCACCUCUGUCGGGGGAUGUACUUGGUCAAACGAGUGAUGGUGACUUCCAUGAACCUCAGACCAGGAAUAUGAAAGCUGCUGAUCUAGUUAUUACGGGUGCUUUGGUUGAGACGAAGUUGUACUUGUAUGGAAAGAUAAAAGAUGAAUGUGAUGAGCAGGUUGAAGAGGUUCUGCUUCUUAAGGUUCUUGCUUCCGGAGGAAAGGUGCACGUGAUAAGUUCCGAGAGUGGUUUAACUGUUAGGACAAAGUUGCACUCUCUGAAAAUCAAAGAUGAACUUCAGCAGCAGCAGUCAGGAAGUGCUCAGUAUUUGGCGUACUCUGUUCUGAAGAACGAAGACAUUCAAGAAUCAUUAGAAACAUGGGAUUCUUUUGACAAGGAGAUGCCUGUAGGACAUGCAGAUGAUGAAGAUGCCUACACUGAUGCUUUGCCAGAGUUUCUGUCUCCUACAGAACCAGGUACUCCGGAUAUGGAUAUGAUUCAAUGCAGCAUGAUGAUGGACUCCGAUGAACAUGUGGGACUUGAGGAUGCUGAAGGAAUAGUUCAUGAAAAAGAUACAACUCAGGGAAAAGUUCUUUGCGAUGAGGUCUUCUAUGAGGUGCAGGGUGGGGAAUUUUCUGAUUUUGUAUCAGUUGUUUUCUUGACGAGGAGCUCCAGUUCCCACGAUUAUAAUGGAAUCGACACACAGAUGAGCAUUCGCAUGUCAAAACUGGAGUUCUUUUGUAGCAGACCAACUUUAGUUGCUCUAAUUGGUUUUGGAUUUGACUUGAGCACGGCAUCAUACAUUGAAAAUGCUAAAGACGCCAACAAUUCGGCAUCUGAGAAAUCUGAUAGUGAGAAAGAAACAAAUGAUGAAAGUGGACGCAUUGAAGGCUUACUUGGAUAUGGCAAGGAACGUGUUGUGUUUUACCUGAACAUGAAUGUUGAUAAUGUGACUGUGUUUCUUAACAAGGAGGAUGGUUCUCAGCUUGCGAUGUUUGUGCAGGAACGAUUUGUGUUGGACAUUAAGGUUCACCCGAGCUCUCUUUCAAUAGAAGGGACUCUGGGAAAUUUCAAACUCUGUGACAAGUCGUUGGACUCUGGAAACUGUUGGAGUUGGCUCUGUGACAUACGUGAUCCUGGUGUUGAGUCUCUCAUCAAGUUCAAAUUCAGUUCCUACAGUGCUGGAGAUGACGACUAUGAAGGAUAUGAUUAUAGCUUAUCUGGUAAACUGUCGGCUGUUCGUAUUGUAUUCCUCUACAGAUUUGUUCAAGAGGUAUCAUGA